ACCUUGUGUUACGUGCUGACGCCAGAUGUAUAUGAGCGCACGCGGCGGGAUCUCUUUCCCUUUUAGCGCCAUCAGAGCGGGAGACUCGCGCUGUUCACUGCGCAGCAGCACCGCCUCAGACGGACCUCUGCACAUCGGGCUCUCGGAAACAAAACGUUGAAACAACAUGGCAGAUCUUGACAAUAAAGACCAGGCUGAAAUGGACCCAGCAGAUAUGGAGGAUGUUGAAGAGGUGGAGGAAGAGGAAACUGGGGAAGACAACAGUAAAGCACGUCAGCUGACGAUGCAGAUGAUGCAGAACCCUCAGAUUCUUGCGGCGCUGCAGGAGAGGUUGGACGGGCUCGUGGGAUCUCCCUCGGGGUACAUGGAGAGCUUACCGAAGGUGGUGAAGAGACGCGUUAAUGCCCUUAAGAACCUCCAGGUCAAAUGCGCCCACAUCGAAGCAAAGUUCUACGAAGAAGUGCACGAACUGGAGCGAAAAUACGCCGCUUUGUAUCAGCCCCUCUUCGACAAGCGGAGUGAAAUCGUGAGAGCAGCAUACGAACCCACAGAUGAAGAGUGUGAGUGGAAACAAGAUGAAGAGGAAGAGCUGACAGUAAGUAAGCAGGAGGAAAUGAAGGAAAAGGCCAAAGUGGAGGAAGAGAAGAAAGUGCUCACAGUUUUCAAGAAUGUCGACCUUCUCAGCGAAAUGUUGCAGGAACAUGAUGAACCGAUCCUUAAGCACUUGCAAGACAUUAAAGUCAAGUUCUCAGAUGCAGGCCAGCCAAUGAGUUUCACUUUAGAGUUCCACUUUGAGCCCAAUGAUUUCUUCACAAACACAGUCUUGACAAAGACCUACAAAAUGAGGUCUGAGCCAGACGAGUCGGACCCCUUCUCUUUCGACGGGCCAGAGAUCAUGGGCUGCACAGGGUGCGCGAUCGACUGGGUUAAGGGCAAGAAUGUCACAUUGAAAACCAUUAAGAAGAAACAGAAGCAUAAGGGACGUGGCACAGUAAGGACGGUCACAAAGACGGUCCCCAAUGAUUCAUUCUUCAAUUUCUUCUCUCCACCUGAAGUUCCAGAAGGCGGCGAAAUGGACGAGGACUCGGAGGCCGUGUUAGCAGCAGACUUUGAGAUCGGUCACUUCAUCCGCGAGCGCAUCGUGCCCAGAGCGGUGCUGUACUUCACCGGCGAGGCCAUCGAAGACGACGACGAUGACUAUGAUGAGGAGGGUGAGGAAGCGGAUGACGAGGAGGGUGAAGAGGAGGCUGACGAGGAGAACGAUCCAGACUAUGAGCCCAAGGUGUAGGUGAUGUCUGUAGUAACCCUGCCCUGAAGGAUGCCAAGCCUCCAGAGGAGUGCAAACAGCAGUGAUGGUGUCGCCGCCACCUUCAGGAUCCCCUACACUGUAACGGCUUCAAACAAACAUAGUUACUUACCGCCUUACAAUGUUUUGUAUUUUUCUUGGUAGAAAUUAAAUGAAAAAUAAAGGGUUUCAAGAUUUUUGUUACAAAAAAAAGAAGAAAAAAACAACUCUAUCGAGAGCCGUGGCUCAUGACGCAUAGUAUUUUACUAGACCGGUUUCUUGCGUUUUCCCCUUUCCUCUGUAAAAAUAGUUAGAAUGCAGAAAACCCCUCGAAGCAUGACACUCGUUUCUUCACCGCUAAACUAGUUGGGUUCUCGUCAAGUCUUUUGUAUUGCUCUUAGACAACAGCUGUGGAAAGACGGUUUACAGGAGUAUUCCCGAGCGACAGGUGCUCGUUCAUUCGGUUAACAUUCCACAAAAACCUCACACUUUUUGGUUUCGGAGGCUGUUUAAAGCUUGGUGGUGACUGAUGUACAUUCCACAUCCAUUCAGUCCACGCUCCGCUGCAUGACUCGUUUCUUUUCUGUGAGCACUUUGUAUUUGUGUCAUGUAUCUGUAGCGUUUUAUUUUCCCCCCCGUCGAUUCGACCAAUGCUUAACUUUCACCUGGCUUGCCGUUCUUCAGGUGGGUUCUCUGCUCCGCGCAUCCCGGAAUGCACUUACAACAAUCCAAGCGACCUCAUUGGAGGAUUAGACUUUGAACAUGAGAACCUGAUUGGAGGAGCCAGUUUAGUUAGUCUCUGAUUGGCUGGUUUCUGAGCUCGGCCCUUUGUGAUGUUUGUGGUGUUUGGCAGGCCUAUCACUGUGAAGGGGUGUGUCUUACUGUGUGUGUGUGUGUGUGUUCGUUCAGAGGAAGGUCUUCGUCUCCUCUCACUCGUAGCGCAGCCCAGCAGGUCUGAAGCAGAUAGAGCAAUAUUUUCACCCAGAAUCCCAAACACCGCAGUGUCCCGUGUCUGUGCUCGAGUGUGGAGCAGGGCGUUCGGGUCGUCACUCAGUUAGUUGUGUCUGAGCGGUUGAAGCAGCAGGGGUCUUUCUGGUUCCCCUCAGCAGCUGUUGUCAAAGCAAAAUGCCAUGCUACAAAAUACUAAUGUACUCAAUAACUGUACGUGGAUGUAUAUUCAUGAAAAAUAAAUUGGUAAAAUGUG